GGACUUUCCGCUCAAAAUAGUAAUCCCACUCUUUCUCUCUCUUUUCUAUUUCGGCAAAGUAUCACACGGCCAUUUUUUUUAUUUAGGCAAAAAAGAAGAAGCCAGGCAUCACCAUAUCCAUCAGAUCUGCAGCCCAGAAAUAGAAUAGAAUCUCUAAUAAACACUGCCCAGAGUUGGAGAUAUUUAUGCCAAACAGUCCCUAUCCCUAUAAAUCGAAGAAGAAUUUAUGCAUCUGACCUAUCUAGAGGGAGAGAUUUCAAUCCCAUUCAACUCAUCCAGGAAUUAAAAAAGAAAAAAUGGCCAGAGAGAAGAUAAAGAUAAAGAAGAUAGAUAACAUAACGGCUCGACAAGUAACAUUCUCAAAGAGGAGAAGAGGGCUUUUCAAGAAAGCUCAAGAACUCUCUGUGCUUUGUGAUGCACAAGUUGCUCUCGUCGUCUUCUCUUCUACCGGCAAGCUCUUCGAGUUUGCUAGCUCUAGCAUGAAGGAAGUCAUUGGAAAGUAUAAGUUGCAAUCUAGUGAUGAUAAUGACAAAACAAAUCAUCCACCGUCUCUUGAACUUCAGCUAGAGAAUAGUGCUCAUAUGAGAUUGAGGAAGGAGAUUGCUGGCAAGACUCACGAAUCCAGGAUGUUGAUGGGUGAAGAACUUCAAGAAUUGAGUAUAGAAGAGCUGCAGAAGUUAGAAAAAAAGAUCCAAUUUGGAUUAAAUCGUGUACUUGAAGCUAAGACUGAACGAGUUAUGAACGAGAUUGCUGCUCUCCAGAGGAAGGGUGAAGAGCUAUUGGAAGAAAACAAGAAACUGAAACAAAAAGUGAGUAAUGGGAAAUUGUUUCCUGCCACUGCUGAUGGGGAAGAAGGCAUUUCUUCAGAAUCCAUCAACAACGUCUGCAAUUGUAUUAGCGCUCCUCCUGCUGAAGAUUAUCUAUCGGACACCUCACUCAAGCUAGGGCUCCCCUUUUAACUAGUUAGGUCAAUGAGAAUGAAAAGACUGGAGUGCAGCUAGGAAAAGUAAAUGAAGAUUGUAUGUAAUAAUUACUGAUGACUUGAUCAGUAAAUAAAUGUUACAUGGCCAGGUCUAAAAUGACCUCAAAAUCCAUGUAUCCCUCUUGAAUUUGGUAUCUUUUAUCGAAUGUAAUGUGCAUUUAUAUGUCAAAAUAAAUUGUACUGUACAUUCUAUCUUGUGCGUACUCUUUACGAAUUUCCCAUUUUCUUGUUGAGCUAGAAAAUAGAGUACAUUUUUUAAUCAUACCUGAAAAUGAAUCUCUGUUGAAGAA